AUGGAAAUAAAGCCCAGGAGUUACUUAGAACCAUGCGAUGAAAUAUGUGGAGUGCAACUUAUUUAUUGCUAUGUGCUCCUUCUUCUUCGUCCCCUCUCUACGUUGAACACACGCUCCAUCAUCAAGAGCAAGGAAAGCAUGAGCUGCAACGGUUGCCGAAUUCUCCGGAAAAGAUGCAGCGAGAGGUGCACCCUCAGAUCUUCUCUCCACUGGAUCCAUUCUCCCCAGGCCCAAGCCCAUGCAACUCUCUUUCUCGCUAAGUUCUUCGGCCGUAGCCACCUCGUCUAUUCCAUCUCCUCCGUUCCCCAACACAACAGACCCGCGCUGUUUCAGUCUCUACUCUUCGAGGCAUGCGGCCGGACCAUUAAUCCCGUCAACGGCGCCGUCGGACUUCUGUUGACAGGUAACUGGCACGUGUGCGAGGCCGCCGUCGAGACUGUUCUAGCCGGAGGCGUUCUCCGGCCGUUGCCCGAGCUUGUGGCGCCGACGACCUUGGAAGAAUCUUCUGAGAGCAUGUUGUUGUCUGAGUUGCAGCCGAUGGCGUCGAUUGAAGAGUGUUUGAAGAGGAGGAGCGAUGCGACAGCAGUGGCGGAUUCCUCGUUGGUUUGGAGAGUAUCGGAGAUGGCGAGCUACGAUGCUUGCAGCGGCAAAAAUGAGAAAAAGCUUCUGAAUCUGUUCGUGUAA